AUGAGGGGUGUACAUGGUCGCACUCGCGCGGGGGCGGGUCGGCAGUAACGGCUUUAACGGUCUGUGGUAUGGAGGCGCGAGACUCUAAUCAGAGACUGCCACCACAGAAUGAUGGACUUAAGUCUGCAGAUGAAUGCGAUUUUCAUAAAAGUAUUUCGUCUACUGCUGAUUCCCUUUCACAUGAGCUGCUCAAUCCAAACAUGGAGUCUGCUGAUGAAACCAUCAAUUUGAAAUCAAGCGGUGUGAUUUGUGAGGAUGAAGUUGAUCAGAGAACCAGUUUGAAGCCUUUUACAGAUUUGUCAGAAAUAUCUGUGGCUCAAGUUGAAUCUCCUGAAGGAUCCGCAUCAAUGGACACUGAAUCUCAACCUGAGAAUUCCCCACCUGAAGGAACAGUAGAAGAGAUAGAAAAUAUAGAACUGAAUGAUUCAGGGGUCCCCUUUCCUACAGAGUAUGAAAAGUUUUGGAAAGUGGUUGAAGACAAUCCCCAGGACUUCACUGGUUGGACAUACUUGUUGCAAUAUGUAGAACAAGAGAAUCAUAUCCUUGCAGCUAGAAAAGCUUUCGAUCACUUCUUGUCCCACUAUCCAUACUGUUAUGGCUAUUGGAAAAAAUAUGCUGAUCUUGAGCGGCGACAUGACAAUGUGAAACGGGCAGAAGAGGUAUACCGACGAGGUCUUCAAGCAAUACCACUUAGCGUUGAUCUUUGGCUUCACUAUAUCAAUUUCUUAAAAGAGACCUUGGACAGCAACUGUCCAGAGAUUGAUGACCAAAUAAAAAGUGUAUUUGAACAUGCUGUGUUAGCUGCAGGGACUGACUUUCGCUCAGACAGACUUUGGGAAACUUACAUCAACUGGGAAAAUGACCGGGGAAAUCUGGCAGAAGUGACUGCAAUUUAUGAUCGGAUUCUUGGUAUUCCAACGCAGCUUUACAGUCAUCACUUCCAAAGGUUCAAAGAUCAUGUUCAGAAUCACUUGCCUAAAAAUAUAAUCUCUUCAGAGGAUUUUAUUAAACUACGUCAAGAGCUGGCAUCCACAAAUGAACAUUUUGAUAAUGUUACUCUGGGAAAUGAUCUAACAGCUGGAAUUGAUAUAAAUGAUCCUGCUCAGAUUGUCUCUGAAAUAGAAAAUAUGCGUCAUAGAAUAAUUGAAGUUCGUCAGGAAAUAUAUAAUCAUAAUGAGAAUGAAGUUAGCAGACGAUGGGCUUUUGAAGAAGGGAUUAAACGGCCUUACUUUCAUGUAAAACCAUUGGAAAAAAUACAGCUAAAAAACUGGAAAGAUUAUCUUGACUUUGAGAUAGAAAAUGGAACUCUUGAACGUGUGGUGGUUUUGUUUGAAAGGUGUCUUGUUGCUUGUGCCCUUUAUGAAGACUUCUGGAUAAAGUAUGCUAAAUACAUGGAAAACCACAGUAGUGAAGCUGUGCGACAUGUCUACAGCAGAGCAUGUACAGUUCAUCUAUCAAAGAAACCCAUGGUACAUUUACUUUGGGCAGCUUUUGAGGAACAGCAAGGAAACAUUAAUGAAGCUAGAAGAAUCUUGAAAAUGCUAGAAGAAUCUGUACCAGGGUUAGCUAUGGUCCGCUUGAGACGAGUGAGCUUAGAACGUCGCCAUGGGAAUAUGGAUGAAGCAGAAUUUCUGCUACAGGAUGCAAUUAAAAACAGCAAAACACCUAACGAAGCAUCUUUCUAUGCUGUGAAGUUGGCUCGUCUUUUAGUCAAAGUAGAGAAAAGUCUUCCUAAGGCCAGAAAGGUCCUAUUGGAAGCAAUAGACUUUGAUAAGGAAAGUACCAAACUCUAUCUAAAUCUUUUGGAACUUGAAUACAAUUCAGAUCUCAAACUGAAUGAGGAAAACAUUCUGAAUGCUUUUGAUAAAGCAAUAAGUAGCUCAAUGGCUAUAGAAACGAGAAUAGCCUUCUCUCAGCGAAAAGUUGAGUUUUUGGAAGAUUUUGGCUCUGAUGUAAAAAGACUCAUGGUGGCUUAUGAUGAUCAUCAACAGCUUUUAAAAGAGCAAGAGUCAUCUAAAAGAAAGGCAGAAAAUGGGUCAGAAGAGCCAGAGGAGAAAAAGCAAAGGAGUGAUGCAACAUUAGCAUCUGCCCAGCUGAUGAGUGGGGACUUACAGGCUAAUCAGUCUGCAUAUAAUUACAAUGCUUGGUAUCAGUACAAUUAUGCAGCACCCUGGAACUAUGGGCAGUAUUACCCACCACCUACAUAAUAUACUGGAAUUUCUUGUGCUGAGAUGUUUCCUUUCAGUUUUAAAAGCAAAGAGUGGAAAAUAUUGCAUCUUAAUGGACUUACUAUCUAAGACUGUGAAUUUCUUUCUCGAGGAUUAAAACUAGGGAAAAGUUGUUUACUGGAAAAUGUUUGAGAUCCGAUCAGAUUUACGUACAAAAGUGUUUUGAGAAUUUCUCAUCUUUUUUGAAUGCAGUUUUUUUUAAAAAAAAUCUUCAUACUUAAUUUGUUAAUAGGAAAAUAAAUUUUAAAGAUACUGCA